AUGCGGUUCCUAACCGCUCUGGCUUCCUCGCUAUGUUUUUCUUCCUUUGCAUUGGCUUCCCCUUAUCGUCCAGACCUUACAUCUUACAACCUCAAUGUAAAUCAAUCAGCCCAGGACCCUACAGAUUACUCUACCACAAGGUCAAAUACCACCUACACCCCUUCCCCACAGAACUGGCGCUCAGUCCCCAUGUACACCGUCCUAAUGGAUAAGUUUGCUGAUGGUGACCCUACAAACAACCAGUACUUUAACUCUCCAUACGAAUGGGAUUGGAGAGAGACACAACUCCGUUUCGGUGGCGACCUCGCAGGUUUAACCACAAAAUUGGACUACAUCCAAGGUAUGGGCAUGAAGGGUAUAUACCUCUCGGGUACAAUAUUCGUAAAUAUGAUAUGGCAAGCCGAUAGUUAUUCUCCUCUCGACUUUUCCGUCUUGGAUCCUCAUUGGGGUACUAUUGCUGAUUGGGUAAACUUCAUCGACACCGUGCACGCCCGCGGCAUGUACAUCAUGUUGGAUUUCACCAUUGGCACUUUAUCCGACCUUAUCGGCUUCGAAGGUUUUCUCAAUGUCAGCGCCCCAUUCUCUCUCGAUGAAUAUGCUGCCAUCUACAAAAACCCAAAUUACCUUCCAUGGGGAUUCGAGGAGUACGUUGAUUUUUCCGUCAUCAAUCAGCGUAACAACUCUUGUGUACUUCCUGUCUUUUGGCAAGAUGAUGGCACAAUUCAGCCCGUCACAGGCUAUGAUGGUUGUUACGAGUCUGAUUUUGAUCAGUAUGGUGAUAUGGAGGCCUUUGGUGUUCACCCGGAUUGGCAGCGUGAACUUUCCAAAUUCGCAUCUGUCCAGGAUCGUCUCCGUGAAUGGAAGCCUUCCGUUAUGGCCAAACUCACUACCUUUUCCUGCAUGACCAUCACAGCCCUUGAUAUCGAUGCCAUUCGUGUCGACAAGUCCACACAGCUCACCGUGGACGGUAUGACCGAUUGGGCAACAGCAACUCGAGCUUGCGCCACUAAUCUUGGAAAGAAGAACUUUUAUAUCACCGGUGAAGUUACCGGCGGUGACACCUUUGGGUCCCUAUACAUGGGACGUGGUCGUACCCCGACUAUGCUGCCGCCGGGAUUCCUCCAGGCAGCCAACUUGACAGAAGCGGACAACCAGUAUUUCUUGCGCUCACAGUCGGACAACGGCCUCGACGGCUACGCCUUCCAUUACUCAAUCUACCGCUCCCUCACCCGUUUCCUCGGAAUGGACGGAAACUUGGCAGUAGCGUACGAUCUUGACACCAACUUUAUCACCGCUUGGAAUGAAAUGUUCGUGAACAACGACUUCUUGAAUCCAAACACCGGCCAAUUCGACCCGAAGCAUUUGUUCGGAGCGAGCAAUUUUGAUGUUUUCCGCUGGCCCAGUUUGGCGAAUGGCACAUUGAGAUCCGCCUUGGCCUCUUAUAUAGCAUACCUGGUUAUGCCAGGCGUUCCACUGGUCUACUAUGGCGAGGAGCAGGGUUUCUAUCUCUAUGACUCCACAGCUUCAAACUAUCUCUUCGGCCGUCAAGCUAUGAUGAGCAACAAGGCCUGGCAGCGCCACGGGUGCUACAAACUUGGAUCCGCCCAGUACUUUAACAUGCCGCUUGAGUCCGCCUUAACGGGAUGUGAUGACGAUUGGAACUCGCUCGAUCAUUUUGAUCCCACGAUGGACAUGCGUCUUCUCUUCAAACAUUUCAUGUACCUCCGAACAACCUACAAUGCCCUCCAAGACGGCUAUGACCUCGUACAGCGUGGAAACUGGACCUACUUUGUCGAAUUCCCAGGUUCGAACAACACCGCAACCGAAAUGGGCCUCUGGUCUGUGUCACGUGCGGGUAUCCCGAACGUGCAAAACCUGACGGGGGGACACACCGAUCAGAUCUGGCUGUUGUACACCAACGAGAACAGCUCGCAGACGUUUUCGUACGAUUGCAGCGGCCAGCUGUGGAUAUCCUCGCCGUAUAUAGCUGGGACGACGGUGAAGAAUUUGCUUUCUCCGUAUGAGAACUAUACGCUCGCGAACUCGGGGUCGUCGUAUUAUGGUAAUGGUACGGCACCCUGGUAUGGCUGUCUCGAGUCGGUGAACAUGAACACGUAUGGCAUGAAGGCUUUGGUCCCUAUCGAUGAGUGGGUCGCUCCUCCCCCUAUGCUCACAAGGUUCCUACCUGGGCAUGACGCGCGCAUCGAAGUCACGCGGGGGCAAACGAAUGCCACGGUUGUGGACAUAGAACUGGAGUUCAAUACGGCAAUGUCGUGUGAAAACGUCACGGGGAGUUUAUCCUUCAACAUGACGUCUUCUGGCAUCGGUGGGCAGCCUGUGCUCGACCUCAAUUCGGUGGCGUGCAAUACUGUCACAAAUCCUGUCAUGUCGCCCAUUGUGGGAACUCCGUACUCACAGUGGUCGUGGUCUGGUACGUUGACCAAUGUUACGGAUGGGAUUUUGGAGAUUAUCCUUAAUAAUCCGUCAACGCUCGAUGGGACAAUGUCUACUGGAAGCAUCGAUCAUCUGCUGCUGCGGAAGGGCGAAGCCAACAAUGUCAUGGUCUUCCCCGAGUCCGAUUACGAUAGCGCCGAUUUCAAGUACACUGACGGCCAGUAUACGUUCACACACCGUGCCUAUGGGGCAGAUAUGUUCAGGUACUCGGGCAACUACGCACAGAGUUGGUCUAAUUGGACGAACUGGGAGAAUGUGACAACCAUACCCACUGACAUCCUUAGUAAUCCUGAUACUUUCUGGACGGGACAACAUCUCAUAGUACAAUAUUGGAGUAGUAUGGCGACUACCGCCAGCGUCGUCGUGCAUGCAGAUCUGAACUAUAAGCAGCAACGUCGCGUUCCCCAGUUCCUCGCUCGGGGUCCUUUCAAUGACUGGGGUUAUGACCAGGGUAUCACCAAUGAGAUGAGCCUAAUCGGCGAUGGAACUUGGGAGCUCGAAAUCAUGGCUGCGUGGCCAACGUACCUGCAACUCAAUGUAUUCGGAUAUGAUGACUACUACUACGGCGAUGUCGACGCGGACGGCGUUAUGGAUCGGCUACCACCAAACAGCAUUGCGCCCAACUACCUGAACCUUUCAGCGCCCCCUUAUCCUGCGCUCGCAUGGGCUCUCGUCGUUGAUGAUUCCACGUUGGCCUGGUCCCUUGAGCCUCGUGGCCAGGCUUCUGUGGGCGCCAUCAUGUACGGGCUUCUCUGCUCUAUCUCCCUUAUUACCGCCAUUCUCGCAGUCUUCAUUUUCAUGUAUACUUUCUACGGUAUCCGCCAUAACCGGUACGGUGUGAAGACGAAUACCGGUGCAAGCAAGUAUUUCCCUAUCAUCGGAUCGCUCGGGAACAAGUCUACCGCGGAUUUCAAAGAGAGCGUGACGCCGAUCACGGAGAAGAUCUUCGGGAGCAAGCCGAAUGCGGAAAUCAUAGGAUGGCCGGAGGAUAAGACCAAGCGGCGCAAAGUCCUCAUCGCCACGCUCGAGUAUGAGAUCAUUGACUGGAAGCUCAAAGUCAAGAUCGGAGGUCUUGGUGUGAUGUCGUCGCUCAUGGGAAAAGCCAUGACGGACGUUGACUUGAUCUGGGUCAUUCCAAAAGUCAAGGAUCUUGAUUAUCCCGCUGGUGAACCUGCAGAGCCUAUCGAGGUUGUCAUCUUCAAUGAGCCUUACCUCAUCGAAGUGGAGACGCACGUGUUGGACAAUAUCACCUAUGUUAUCCUUGACAGCCCCGUUUUCCGUGCACAGACCAAGUCAGACCCGUACCCAGCCCGCAUGGACGAUCUCAGUUCCGCCAUCUUCUACUCUACAUGGAACCAAGCCAUCGCAACCACUAUCCGCCGAUUCCCCGUCGUCGACAUAUACCACGUCAAUGAUUACCACGGCGCGCUCGCUCCGAUCUACCUCCUGCCCAAAGUAGUACCCGUCUGUCUCUCGCUGCACAAUGCUGAGUUCCAGGGUCUAUGGCCGCUCCGAACAAAGGAAGAAAUGAAAGAAGUCUGCUCCGCGUUCAACAUCAGCAAAGAGCACUGUACGAAAUAUGUCCAGUUCGGAAACACGUUUAACCUGCUCCACGCCGCUGCAUCAUUUAUCAGCGUUCAUCAAAAGAGUAUCGGUGUCGCUGGUGUGUCGGACAAGUAUGGGAAGCGCAGUUGGGCGCGGUACCCUGCUCUGUGGACCCUGAAGCAUGUUGAUUCGCUGCCCAAUCCUGAUCCUACGGAUAUUGCGGCUUUGGACGAGAAUCCAGUGGUUAUGCGUGAUGUGCAGAUUGAUCAAGCUGCUGAGGCGCAGCGUCCGGAGAUGAAGAGGCAGGCUCAGGAAUGGGCGAAUAUUAAGCAGGAUCCCAACUCAGAUCUGUUUGUGUUCGUUGGUCGGUGGUCUAAGCAGAAAGGUGUCGAUCUGAUUGCGGAUAUCAUGCCAUCGCUCCUGGAGAAACGCCCUUCCAUACAGUUGAUUUGCGUCGGACCUGUCAUCGAUCUUUAUGGUCGGUUCGCUGCGGAGAAACUUGCUCGGUUGAUGGAGAUGUACCCUGAUCGUGUUUUCUCCAAACCGGAGUUUACUGCGUUGCCGCCUUAUCUGUUUAGUGGUGCUGAUUUUGCUCUGAUUCCUUCCCGUGAUGAACCGUUUGGAUUGGUCGCUGUCGAAUUCGGGAGGAAAGGUGCUCUUGGUGUUGGUAGUCGGCUCGGUGGUCUUGGGUUGAUGCCUGGAUGGUGGUUCCCUGUGGAAUCUACUUCGACAGCCCACAUGUUGUCUCAGCUUUCAAAGACGAUCAAGUUGGCGUUGAAAUCCACGGAGGAAGAAAGAGCCAUACUUCGUGCUCGGUCAGCCGUUCAGCGUUUCCCAGUCGUCGAAUGGCGCCAGCGGAUGGAAGAUAUGCACCGAAGGAGUAUAUUCGCCAGCCGAAGGAUAGCUGGUUCAAAUGCUUGGCGGGAGGCGGACUGCGGAGCUGUGCCCUCUCAACAUGCGAUUGCUGAAACAGAAGAUUGGAACCCUGUAAAUCAAGGACUACCUGUUCAACCUGACUGGGAUGCCCAGAGUACCAUGUCAUCCCCGAGAUUGAUGCCUAGUUCUCCAGGACAGUGGAGUCAGGUUUCAACGCCUAACGAUGAGAGCUUCUUGACGGCGCCACCUCGUUUCAACUUCAGCCGCGACUCUUCAUAUACAUCGGACACUUCUGACGAGGAACACUCACGGCAUAGUGUCGCGACUAGCAGUCGGCCUGGGUACAGUGACUUUUUGGAGAAAGCGAACAGGACAAUUGCACAAGAUCAUCGAAAUGCGCCAGAUCCUUUCUUGAGUCCGACACCCCCUGCAAGGCCGUUUGGGUCACAUUCUCGGGUGGCUUCGAUGGAGUCUAUUGGUAGCAUUGUGGAAGAAAAGACCAACUCACCGUUGAACAAGUCUAUUGCGGCGUUCACGGAUUCCGAUGGCGGCGUUGCCUCGGAGUUCGUACAGAAGCUGCAAGCGUUGAACUCGAAUAACUCCAAGGGUGAACUCUCUAUCGAGAAGUACCUCGUCAAGUCUGAGGAAGCCUUCUUUGAACGUGUGAGACGAGACAAGCUGUCCAGUGCAGCCAGUUACAUUUCCUCGCACCGGGAGUCUAUCUGGAGUAUGCCUGGUACUCUCACGAUCAACGAGCACUCUACACUUAAUGAGCAUUCACGUCCAACAUCCCCAAGAACACCUAGCUCUAACCCAUUCAAUCCAGAGCCAGAAUUUGAUGGUAACAUGGUUGUCAUGAACAGAAUCCAAAUUGCCAUGGCUCGACAAAUUGGAGGCUGGCCAUUGUAUACUCUCAUCAUUGCUCUCGGCCAGAUGCUUGCUGCAAACAGCUACCAGAUGACCCUGCUCACUGGUCAAAACUACCAGAACAACCUCCAGCUAUAUGUUCUCAGCGCUGUAUUCUUAGCUGCAUCCUUCGUUUGGUAUACGAUGUUCCGCUUGAAGCCUUCUGUCUAUGUUCUUUCUGCUCCCUGGCUCUUCUACGGCAUAGCAUUCUUUUUGAUUGGCCUUCCCUCAUUGUCGCCGAAACUUCAAGGGACUCAUAGCAUCUUGUCGGACAUUGCCACUUGGUCAUAUGCUGUUGCUUCUGCUGCUGCUUUCAUUUUCUUCGGUUUGAACUUUGGAGAGGAAGCGGGUGCCGCCACUGAAGUCUGGAUCCUGCGCGCUUGCGUUGUGCAAGGUUCUCAACAGAUCUGGAUCGCUGCUCUGUGGUACUGGGGUAGCACAUUGAAUACUGCGACGCCUGGGAACACUACGCCUUGGUGGAUUGUCAUUGUCUUGUGGCCGCUCUCAAUAAUGUCGUUUGCGUUCGGAUACUUGAUGUUGUACGGACUGCCAGAGUACUACCGACAAACUCCUCCGAAAGUUCCAAACUUCCUCAGAACCCUCUUCCGAAGGAAACUAGUUCUUUGGUUCCUCGCAUCUGAAGUUUUACGUGAUUAUUGGCUCAGUGGGCCCUACGGUCGCAACUGGAGUUUCCUGUGGAGUGUUCCAAUCCCGAAGUGGGCGAUCAUGCUUCUCAUCAUCCUCUUUUUCAUCGGUGUCUGGGCUCUCAUGCUGUAUAUCCUCACGUCUUUGAGUAAGACGCACACUUGGUUGUUGCCCGUGUUCGCUGUCGGCCUCGGUGCUCCAAGAUGGUGUCAGACAUUGUGGGGCACCUCGUCUCUUGCACUCUAUAUCCCGUGGGCCGGCUCAGGGGGACCGUACCUUGGUCUUUCCCUGUGGCUUUGGCUCGGCGUUUUGGACGCUAUACAGGGUGUCGGUUUGGGAAUGAUUCUUUUGCAGACGUUGUCAAGAUUACACGUCUGUGCCACGCUCGCUUUCGCUCAGGUCAUUGGGUCUAUCUGUGUCAUGGCCGCCCGCGCAACUGCACCAAACCGCAUCGGUCCAGGGAGCGGUCUCAAAGGCAGUCCGAUGGCCUCCGCUCCAUUUUGGAUAGCGCUGAUCUGCCAGAUCGUCAUUGUACUAGGUUACUUCUGGUUCUACCGCAAAGAACAACUUGCUCGACCAUAA